GACCUCAAAACCAUUCCCAAUUUUCCAUUGUAGCGCCUCCUCCCAGAAACUCACUUGAGAUUGGGUUUAGGGUUUGGUGAAUCACAAAUGUUGGGAAAGGGAAGGAAAGUUUCCGGUCGCGGCGAGACCGUGGCGGCGAACUACGCGUUUGGGCCGCAUGAAGACGACAUAAUCAUCAAGCACCGACUUCUCACCCGCACCACCACCACAAGAGGCGAACCGCCAUUGAAGAAGCUCCAGAAGAAGUUCACUUCCCUCUUCGUCGAGCUCGACAAGGACGAUGACAACUACGCCGACUGCGACAAGCUCGCCAGAGCCUUCCUUCAAGAGCUCUCCACCUUCGAGAUUCCCCUCCUCAAGAGCAAAGCGGUCGUGGACGCCAAUCUGAGAGAGAAGCACAACUUCGAUGAGCUGCGGGAGGAGAUUAACCGGCAGAUUCUGCAGGCCCAGACCGACAUUGAAACGCUUAAGAAGCAACUGGAGGAGGCUAAGAUCGAGAGGCGGCAUAAGGAGGAGUGCGAGGCCAUUCGGAGGUUGAUUGCUAUGCAGCCGCCUCGGUCUCAGACGCUCAAGAUCAUAUCGGAUUUGGAGAAGGAGAUUGCGGCUUUGGAUUCGGAGAAUACUGCCAGUUCAAGGAUGCUGGAGCUUCGUAAGAAGCAGUUUGCUCUGCUCUUACAUGUGGUGGAUGAGUUGCAGACUACUAUAGAGGAAGAGCAGAAGAGUUUAAUUGAGGAGAAGGAGCAGAGAGGGGGGAUGGAGGAUGCAAAUGGAGGACCGGAACCAAUGCAUGUUGAUUAAGGGUGUACAAUGCAUCUCGGAUUUAUAAUUUGAACUGGUUCUGCAAGUUAUGGCAUUCAAUAUGACAGGCCUAUAGUCGACUCCCUGUUACAUCUAUAUCAAUCUAUGGGGCCCGGUCCAUAGUUGACUCCCUGUUACAUCUAAAGUGAACUAGUUUCAUCUCCGCUCCCUGUUAAUCUACAUCUAUCUCUUUCUAUUCUGAAGACACUAGAUGUGACUCAUUAAUUGAAUCUUAUGUUGAGAGAUUGGCCUUGGUUCCCCUCUGGAGUUCACUAGUUGAGUUGCUUAGUUCAGCGUAAAAUACAUAUGCUGUAGUUUACUGAAUAACACAUAAUCUGGGUCGUGUACAGUUCUAAUUUCUGUUCAGCUGGUAACUGAAAAGGCCAAUAGUUGAGUCAAUUCAACACAGUUGAUCCGGAUUAAAAAGAUGCAGAUUUGCCGGAUCAAGGGUGUAUGAAUUCUGUGACAAGUUUUAUAGCGGGUUGAGAUGUUGCUUUAUUUGGAGUGCAUGCUGUUUCUAUUGCUUCCAUAUCUGAGAAAGAUGGCUUUGUAAUAUUUUCACCUGGGUAAACAUAGUUGGGUGAGUUCUAGUUUUCUAGUUUUCACCAUGUGGUUUGUUUGAGUUUUGAGACUGUAAACAUACGGGAUCUACAUGGGCAAGUCAAGGUUAGGGCUAUCACUAGUGAAAUAUACGUGCAAGAGAGUUUCACAGGUUGUUAAGGAUGUAAGAAUUAAGAAAUGAGGUAGAGCAUGUGAGAGUUUUGCUGGUUCAUAAGGAUGCGACAAAGACAGGAAGAAAACACCGAGACGAUGGUAAUAUGUGUAAUCAAUUAAGUAUUGUGUUUCAUGGUUGGUGUGCUGCAAACUUGUUCCAAUCCAACUGUAAGUUCUUGGGUUUCAACUGGUCCCAACUGUUCAUCUUUAUCUGUUGGUUUAUAUGGAAAUGGCGCAGUAAGAUCUUUGUUACUGAUUUCAAGGGUCCAUAUAGUGCCUCAACUAUAAUUUUCCAAUAAAUAACAGAAUGGAUAUCUCUAAACUCGCGUGCAAAAAAUUAUAAUACAAGGGUGGAGAUGCUAUGCCGGCAAACCUGAGAUUGGUCAUUUUAAGUUUAAUGUGGAUGGCUCUAGAAUUGGGGAGGGACUAAUUGGUGCUGGUGGGGUUAUUAGAGACAGUAAUGGUGUAUGGAGAAAAGGUUUUAUGAAGAACAUUGAGCGUGGAGAAAUACUUCAAGCAGACGCCUGGGGUUUGUUUACUGGCCUCCAAAUGGCUGUUGAGAUGGAUAUUAUCAUAUUAAGCAUUUGGAAGUGGAGACUGAUUCUGCUGUGUUGUUUAACCUCUACACAGUACUGUAUUGUGCUUCAUCCUCUUGGAACCUUGUUUAACAAUUGCAAAACUUUGGCACAACAUUUUGAAUCCUACUCUAUCAAGCAUAUUUACUGAGAGAGGAAUACGGUCACUGAUAUUUUAGCCAAAAGGAGUCUUGAUCAAGAUCUGGGAACUUACAGCUUCAAUACCAAUCCACUUUUUACUAUUCAAGCUGUCUUAGAUGACAUUGAUGGCAUAGUGAGGUCUGGUUCCUUUGCAACAGCUUUGGCUGUUUAGUUUCUGAGUCUUUGUUUUCUUUUGUUUGGGCUUCAGGCCUCCUUGUAACCAAAAAAUAAAUAAAUUGAGUAUUGUGUUUACGUGUCUUAUUUAUCGGU